CUCCCUUGGCCUCCUUAUGCAAGAAAGGAAACCCUGACUGAAACACAAAGCCACAGAACAAAUUAAUAUUAUUAUGGCUUAGGGCUGACUUCCUAAAAAAAAACAGAAAAGGAUUCAUUUUCCUUGGAUCUUAGUGACAAAAUACUCCUGGACUCAGAAACUGAUGAGAGAAGGAGAGAGAGAGAGAGAAAGAGAGAGAAAGAGAGAAUGAAUUCAUCCCAACCAUCUACAUCACAAGGCACAGAGAAAGGAUGCUUCCCUUCCCAAAGGUACUUAUGGACAGUUGCUGGGGUCUCCAUUCUACUGCUCAGUGUCUGUUUUAUUACCAGAUGUGUUGUGACAUAUUAUAGCUUUCAACUCUGUGAUGAGAAAAAGUUCCAGCCAUACGAGGAUUUCAAAGACUUCUUCUGCUACAGAGAUGGAUCAGGUUCACUCAAGAAUUGCUGUCCAUCGAACUGGGUCCAUUUUCAAUCUAGCUGCUACUUAUUUUCUACUAACACCAUGUCUUGGGCAUCAAGUGUAAAAAACUGCUCAAACUUAGGAGCACAUCUGGUUGUUAUCAACACACUAGAGGAGCAGGAAUUUCUUUUCUAUGCAAAACCUAAAAGGAGAGAGUUUUAUAUUGGACUGACAGACCAGGUGACCGAGGGUCGGUGGCAAUGGGUAGAUGGCACACCUUUCACAGAAUCUCUGAGCUUCUGGGAUGAAGGGGAGCCCAAUAAUAUAGUAACAGUGGAGGACUGUGCCACUAUACGAGAUUCUUCAAACCCGAGGAAAAAUUGGAAUGAUGUGCCCUGUUUCUUCAAUAUGUUUCGGGUUUGUGAAAUGCCUGAAGUAAAAAAGCUUUGAAUAACCAAAAAAAUCCUUUAAGAACAGAAAGCACGACUGAAUGCAUAAAUACACAGGAGCAAGAGUGUGAACACAGCACCCUAUAAAGACUACAUAGGGACUUCAUCAGGAUUUUGUUGCUCUUGAUAUAAAUAAAAAAAGUUUUGGGGCA